GGCGAUUUGCUUGUGAGCGCGCGGACGUUUCGUACCGUGGCAGAAAAAAUGAAGAACGAUUUGAAGGAAAUCAAGGAUCUUUUGGCAGAAAAGGAGAGGGCGAAAGCCAAGGGAGACUUUCGAGAGGCGGCGAACAUCUGCAACGUCCUGGGAAGGCUCUAUCUCGGCAAGGAACACUACCACGAAGCCCUGAAACAGCACGAGGAAGAGGCCGAGCUGAGCGAGAUCCUUGGAGACCGGGAAGGGGAGGGUGUGGCCCACAGGAAGAUCGGCGAGGUCCAUCUUCUCCUGGGAAACGAUCAGCAAGCGCUUCAACAUCAGCUCACGCAUCUAGAAUUGUCAGAAAAAGUGGGAAGUGAUGUGGAGAAGCAGAGGGCUCUGGCUACAUUGGGGAACACAUACCUCACCCUGGCACAAAGAGCGGCUCACAUCGACCCGGGCAUCGUGGAACGUCAUCUCAAGAAAGCGAAAGAUUCUUUCCAGGAGAGCAACAAGGCUCUGUCGAAGUAUGUCAACCAAUUUCUGGUUGCCUUGUACCAUCCUGAGUUGAAAGGAUCGGUGACCGACCGGGAGUGGCACCAGAUGAAGUGUCGUCUGCUGCUCAACUUUGGUAUCGUGGAGGAGAUGUCCAAGAACCUGGAACAAAGUGUUCAUUUUUUGAGAGAGGCGGUGGACAUAUCGAGCGAAUACCUGCUGAACGAGGACUGUUUUCGGAGCCGGUACAACCUGGCCACGGUCUACAAGAAACUUGGGGAACACGAGCCUGCACACGAGCAGGUGGAGGAGGCAGUGAGACUAGGCAGAGGACUUGGUGAUCACGAUUCUCUCUGUGAUGCAUUGAUUCUUGAGGCACACGUCCUCGUCUGCUGUCACGAGUAUAGGGCCGCCAAGAAACCCCUCCUGUCUGCGAGGAAACUUCGCCUUUCACCCCAGAAGAGGGAGGCUCUGGAGAAGCAGUUGAAAGCUGCUGUGAAACUCUAUCGUGCGGACUCAGAGCUGUUCUCCCUGGAACGUGAGAUGAGGAAGGAAAGACGGGCCAUCUACGAGAAGAUGGCAGAUCUCUGUUGCACCCUUGAGUGUUAUCCUAUUGCUGUGGAAUUAUAUAUGAAAGUGCUGGAGCUGUUGAGCGAGAAAGAAGACAAGGCUCCCAUUUAUGUGUCCCUGGCCCUCACCUACAAAGACGAUGGUCAGCUGGACAAGGCUGCCGAAUUCUACGAGAAGGAACUCCGGUGUCACAUGAACAAUCCUGCAGAAGCAUGCAGGACCCUGCUGAAUCUGAGCAUCUGCAAGGAAAAGGAUGGUUAUGCUGCCAUCAGACCCCUGUAUGAAGAAGCAGUGAAGAGAGCUGAAGCUGCCAAGGAUGUGAAGCUGAAAGUUCGAGCACUGGAGAACCUCUCAGUCGUUCAAGAGAAUUUCAGACUGUCAGAGGAAGCUCGAAAGACCAGGACAGAAGCUAAUAAUUUGAGGCAGGAACAUGGGAUUGAGAGUUCUGAAGAAGAUGAAGAAGCAGAUCAGGAAAUCGAGGAUGACUCUGAUGUGGAACUCUCUGCAUCAGACUUAGAGGAGGAGCAGGAGGUGAUGCCAAGGGCCACAGAGCGUCAGGCGGCACGAAAGCAGAAGAGCCUCAUGCAGCCGGUGGAUGAUUAUGGGAACACCCAGCUCCAUAAGGCUUGCCAAGAUGGAAACUUGGCACAAGUGGAAAAUCUCCUCAAUCAAGGCCACAAGGUGAACGUGCGGGACAAGGCAGGCUGGCUCCCACUCCAUGACAGUGCAUGGAAAGGUCACGCAGAGAUCGUGAAACUCUUGCUGGACAAGGGGGCCUGGAUGAACGACAGAGGAGGGAGGGACUGUGAUGGCCGCACUCCGCUCCACGAGGCAUCCCGAUGGGGACAGCUGGAUGUUGUUCGCAUCCUCCUUGACAGAGGCGCUUCUGUUACUGUUCAGGAUGUUAAUGGUGACAGAGCACUCGAUUGCUUGAGGGCCUGGCGGGAAGAAAAGGGUCCUGUUGAUGCAGAACUCAAUGAAUGUGUUGCCCUGGAAUCUUGCAUGAUUGACCUCAUGCAGAAAGCUGGAUGCGAUUCCUCGGAGUUGACGAAAUCCCCAGAGGUGACUGGUAUUGCUGUGGUUGGUGAAGCAGGUCCUUCAGGAAGGGGGGGGAGGAGCCUGCGUUGUGGUGUCACAGCUGACGAAGACAUGAGAGCUGGUUUGCACAGAGAUAGGAGAUCCAGGAUGCACAAUAAAGUCGGGGUCAGCUUGUACCGAGAAGCCAUUCGGAACGUAAAGUCCAUGGCCACGCGGAACCGGCAGAAGUCUCGGGUCUGGGACCUCUCUCGAAUGCAGAAACAGGAGGGUCGACAUGCAUCACGAAGCCAGCUGAGGAAUGAAGAGGAUGAGCCACCAUCAGAUUGGCUGGUGCCAGAUGAGGAGGAGAUUCCUGUUGUGUCUCCAUCAAUUAGAAGGGGCAAGGAUCAUAGUGAUGCAACUGUCCUGUCUCAUGCUCCUCUCCAACUUCCUUUCUCGAUUAUCAGUGCUCCCUUGCAGUUUCCGAAGAAGGAGUUGAAAGUGAAGCUGUAUGAGACUGAAAUCAAGGUUGUUGUUCUUCAGGGCGAGAAUCCUACUUGCUCUUGGCUCUCUCAGAAUCUCAAUGAACUUCUCCUUAAAACUCAUGGAAAUUCUUUGGAGUUUGAAGUGGAGCUGACUGACAAAGGAGGUAAUGCACUUGAGGAGAUGCAGACCAUCAGGGGACUCUUAGACCGUGGGGUCCAAAUAUGCGCUGCUCUUCGUCCUGCAGCGUCCAUGGUGCUGCCUCUGAAGGAGAUCUACAAGUUCCUGACCCACUUCUUCUGGGAAGUGCCUUCUGUGACGCUAAUGGAGAGGUUAGAUGCAUCGGGGAUGUCCGGAUGCCUGGACGUGUCGGGGAUCCCACUGGCCGGGAAGCCCAUCCGUCCUCUCACGACGAGUCUUCACUGGGCUCCUCAUCUGACAGGUCUUUGUCUUGCUAAGACUCCAGUGUGGGAUAUGGUUGCCCUUGAGGAAUGGAGAGAUGUGAUUGGGAGGCUGAGGGAACUGAAUUUUUUGGACUUGCAUUGCUGUGGACUUGUCCCAUUUCACAUCGAAACUCUUCUCACUCCGAUGGUGAACACCUUGGAAGAAGUGGAUCUGGGUUACAAUGCCCUGGGGGAGGAAGGCAGUGACCUCGUGACCAAUCUGCUGACCUGCAACGGGCAUCUGAGGAUCCUCCGUCUCAUUGACUGCGACCUGGGACCUGAGUUCUUCUCGUCGAGACUCUGUGCUGCUCUUCGAGGCACUCCCUUGAAGGAACUGGAUGUGAGUUGGAAUCCAAUCGAGGAGGAAGGCCUCCGCCGGCUCGUGAACUCGUGCAAUCCGGAUGCACUGACUCGGCUGAUCGCCUCGAACGUGUUGCCGAACCCUCCUCUCCUCUCCCCUAUUUUGUGCUUGAAGUUGACUUCCCUGGUUCAUUUGGACCUCUCCCACAACCGGGUGAAGUCGUCCAUGGUCCUCGCCCAUCAAUCGGUUUCCUUGGUGCUCUGAGGGUGGUUGUGCAGAUGGUGAUUCUGUGACUGUGAUGUUAUUUGCAUGUGAUGCACCAAAAAGAAAUUUGAGUUUCAGGAA